GUGCAGUUUGGGUCAAACAGCUGAGUGGUGAAAAUCAGAAGGCUUAUAGGACCCUUCAGGGUUAUAUCUUUGAAAAUUCAAGAUGAACUCUUUCAAUAACAAAACACCGGCUUGUAUGUGUAGGUAAUAUUUAUGCUGAUUGUUGCAGGGAGAUAUUAGCUUAAGUCUAUAAAAUUCUAUAUAAUAAUCCUCAUUUUUUUGAGAUUUGAAUUUCCUGCCUUUAUUUAGAUGCCAAGGGGUUCAAGCUUGACAAAUUUCUUGGUAAUUUACAGGUAAGAAGCUUAUUAACUUUAUUCUAUUAUGAGCUUAAUCAAGCUUAGUUAUUUCCAAUAUAGUAUUUUUGGAACUAGAUCAUGGCUGCUUUGGAGAGUGUGGCAUAUUUACCAUUUACAAAAGAAAGUUAAAUAUUAAAUAAUAAUGAUAAUGAUAAUGAUGAUGAUAAUGAUAAUAAUAAUAAUGAUUAAAAAAAACUUGCAUUCUGUGCUAAAGCUGGAAUUCUCCAGUCUUUUGUCAGCACCUCUGGCAGGAAUCAAAAUAAUUUUUUAACUGACUGGCCAAAGAAAUUUCAGCUCAGUCAAGUCUCUUUUUUCACUGGUCAUGUUUAAAGUAAUAAAGAUAAUACAAGAAAGAUUUAAACCAAGAGCUUAAAACUUAACAGUUUAACAAGCAAAAAUCCAUAAAGAACAUUCUUGUCUGUUCAAAAUGAGCGGCAAACCGAAAACUUUUGAACAAAAUAAUCAAUGAUCAUCUUGGCCGAACUUUGUCCAUAUGCAUUGACCAUCCAUUUUUCUGCUCUUGUGUUUUACAGAGAAACAUGAUCCACUUAAAACUUGGAUUCCUUGUUGCCAUACGCCUGUUUAGCAGUAGAUCACGGAUGAGGUCAAAAUGUGCGAGUGAAAGCAAAGAAAGUGACACAAGCUGCUUGCCAGCAUGUCACUGGUGUUCUUACCAAUUUUUUUGUCUUCUUCGAUCUACUAUGAACAGAUGCUAUGAUAACAUGGAAUCUAUUGGUUUCAUACAAUGAAAAGAAAAUAAAAAAUGAAAAAACUUGCCCCGCACCACUUGAGUGUUUGAGGAUUUGUGCCUGCAGUUAAGUCAUUUUCCAAGGCACAAGAUGGUAGAGGGUCAUAUGUAAUAGAAUAUAUAGAGAUCGUAUCUGUAUAGACGGGGACAUGGGUAUUGCGGUAUUGAGCUUUUUUUUCAAGUGGUAUUUUGGUAAUCUUGAUUUUAAUGUGCGGUAUUGCGGUAUCAUCUAGCCUUGCCAUAUGUGGUUUUUCAUCUUUUUCGUUAAAUGGUAUUCAGUAAAAGAAGAUCUUUCAUGGUAUUGUGGCACUGUUCAUUUGCGCUCUCCUCUGGUCAAUGGACUAUUAAGAAAAAGGAGAGACUGCUGGUAGUCUAAAUUGGAGGUCUUCUCAUGUUUUCUUGCAAUGGCUGAGGUUGAUUGCUGGUGCAUACACCUGUAUGUGCUUGAGAUAACCAAACACACAAGAUGGAUAGAACUUUAAGUAAGCGUAACUGAUCAUAAAUGUACAGUAGUAUCUGUAUUUUGACACUGUAUUUCGGUAUUUGCCAAUUUUUCUUAAGGUAUUGCAUUAUUGGGUACCCCCCAAUUUCCCCCUCUGUAUAACUUGGACAAUUUGUGAUUGAUAUCAAGUAUGCUCCAUAGGGUUAUAAAAUUGCCACCGGUCAAGUGAGUGAGGAUGAGUUUAGAAGAAUAUCUGAUAAAUAUGGUGAGUUCACUGAAUAUACAGUUUUCAAAACCUGUUGGAACUGGGGGUACACAUGUAAGAUACGCAAAAUAUGAAAUAUUGAGCUUUAUGGUUGAUUUUUCAGACUGGUGGAGGGUUGCCCUGGGGUUGCUACCCACUUUUUCCCAAUGAACCUUAAGUAGCAGUUAUUGAACAAUUGUACUGAAAGUGAAAUUGUUGACUGCCACAAAAGGAUUGCACAUAUCAUUCACCAGCAGCUUAACAAAAAUACAAUGAAACUAAUGACUUGGAAACACUUUGCCUACUAAUGGUAAAUGUAGGAUGCUAGUGGCCAAGGCACUGCUGGGAGCACAUGACAUUUUUAAGCUGUGAAUCACUACAUGGCCCUGUUGAGGAAGAAUGUAAAGUUAUUAUUAUCCAGAUUAAAAUAAACCAAUUUCAACCUUGGAUUAUGACAAGCUUGAACCAGGUCAAAGUUCUUUGAUAAGUAUCAAGCAUUAAUCUACAGCAGUAUUUAAUAAUUUUUAUGUUUUAUAGGUUCUGAUGAAGGUGCUGUGUUUGGUUCACUUAUUACAAAUGCCUCUGGCAGUUACAAGAAUAAAGGUAUAAACUUUUUGUUUUUUGCUAAGUCAUGCUUCCUUCUGUCAAAGGCAGCUUUCUCCUCUAAAAUUAGUUAUCCAGCUGAUCUUUCAAGAGGCAAUUUUCUUUAUAGCUGAUUAAAAACCUCCAUCAAUUACCUGAUACCCUGGCAGUCUCUGAAGGUCUUUAAUACUACUAAUAAUAAUUCAUUAUUUAUAUAGUGCUUUACAAAUAGCUCUGCAUGUGCUAAAAGACAAGUAAAUAUUGGAACACUGUAAAAAAUGAAAGAAAUAGAAAAUCUGAUAAACAUCAAAGAUCCUAAAAGCUAGAAACAGAGAAUAUUAUAAUAACAAUAAAAAAGUGUGCAAUAAUGUUUAGGUCCAAAGAAACUUAUUUAAAUAAGCAAAUACAAAAUAAACAGGUUUUCAGUUUAGAUUAAAUUUGGCUUCUUUGUAAGAUUGUGUUUGAGUGCAGUUUUAUGCAUCAGCUUCAAGUUCUCUUAAUAGGUCUUCUUAGUCAUGUCUGCACAUUAUGACAUAUGUAGCUGGGGAUGAUAUGUCUAUAAGUGCCAUUUUGAUAUAAAACAGCUGAGUUUAUUUAUUUAACAAAUACAUUAAAAUUGGCAAAGGUUCCCUAUUUUAAUAGUGCAUGGGGGGUUAUUCUGGGUGUUGUUUUUUACAGGCAUCCAGCAGGAAGAACAAGACAUGGAAACCAGAACAAGGCGAAAAAGAAGGAGAAGAAGAAGGCGAGACAACAGUGGAAAAGAAGAUGAAACAGUGUCAGAAGAGACUGCUGUGCCAAAGUUAAAUUCUCAUCCGUUGUUGACUGAUGAGCCACUCACUAUUCCACCAGCCUUGCUAGGUAACACAGCCACAGAGUCAGAUAAAAUUAUUUGAUCUGUUUAAUACUGUUUCCUUUUUUUUUAGUAUAAUAACUCAAUGUAGCUGAUCAGAAAUGAGGUAUUAUAAGCAAUACCAAUGUAAUCACACCUGACUUGUAAGGACACCAACAUAUUUCCUGAAGGUUUUUUUAAAUUUUUUAUUGGACACUAUGCAAGUCUCCCUUAGACCUACAAUUAAUUCAUUUCAUUCAUUGUACAUAAUACAAUGUAAGCUCUUAGUUAUCAGUACUAAUCUGUUUUUGUUGUUUUCGCUGUAAUUAUAUAACUUAUAAUUUUGCAUUUUUUGGGAAGAUGUUGUUAUGUUAAUAAUAUUAUUUAUUCUAGCUUUCAAUGACUAUGGCUCAUCAGAUGAUAACAGUACCAAAAGCGAUAAAGAUGGAAACUGUUCAACAACUUCAAACUCAGAGACUGAUGAUACCGAUGAUCAAGAUUUUUUUGGACUAAGCUGUAAAAUAAAGGUCAAAGUUUGUUUAUUGUAAAAAUAGGUUGUUCCUCCCUGAUCAUUAUGGCUGCAUGUGCAAUGUGUUAGCACUAUCAAGAUGGUGAUUGCAGCUGUCCUGUUUUUGUAGGGGUGCAUGGGGAAAAGAGACUUCUUAUAAUGUUUUCUUAUUCUCUGCUAAAUGAUCAAACAUGUUCAUCCAUCAUUGUGUUGAAAGAGCAUGUGAGAGUUUUGUGAUACUACAAAAACUGAAACUAAUAGUAUUGUUUUACUAUACAUUGCUUUCAAACAGCAUUGCUUGGGACACAGCUUGACAUUUGCUCUUGGAAAUCAUGCAUUGUGUGGGCAACCUAUAGAUUUGUCACUAGCAGAUAACUAACUAGUCUGUAGGUUGCGCUGAUUUCCAACGGUAACUGUAGACUCCUAAUAGCCAAUGAGUAGAGAGAUAGAGAGUACAAAGUGUAAUACUGUUUAGCUGCCUCUCUCAUUCAACAUAUUGCAUUACAAUCAAGCAUUUCCUUGUUUAGCCACCCUGUGCCGUGCAUGACAUACAAUGCUGGAGGAAAAUGUAUGUUCAUUACUGUGGCCUCCCGUGAAGGUGCCCACAAACCCAGUUGUAGGGGGGAGGGGAGGAAAUAUAAUUACUGGUACUGUUGAAUUGAAUGAAGUGACCGUUCACCAACACCAACAUUAAGGCAGUGUAUUUAAACACAACUAUUUGCCCCUCAAUAAAGCCAACUUUUUCCGCCUUUUUUAUAGAGGUCUAAAUCUGAUCGAUCUACCCUGAAAACAUCUAGUGAAAAGCCAAACAAGACUUCUGCAAGUAUUGUCAGCCUUAACAACCAAGAGAGGUACUCUGAAUAUCACAUGUAUAUAGCUGAAAAUUUUUAAUAAUUGUUGAAGUUUUUUGUUCAAGAGGUGCACAUUUUUUAUUUUAAUUUCAAGAGUUUAGAAGCUUCAAACCCCGUCCCUUUAAUGAAAGAUUUUAGGUAGUCUCAGGUUAAAUGAAUUUGUCUUUGGAUUAUGUUUUGGAAGAUGUUAAAGAUGCAUUAGACAUUUCUGUGAAUUAGUAGUAGUAGUCCACUUCAAUAGGACUGAUAUCAUGUUUUAAUCGUUUUUAGAAUGCAGACCAAUCAUCUCAAUCUUCCAGAAAAACAGCAAGCGAUCUGGGACCAUGCAAAGCUUAAAUAUAAAGAUCCAGUUAACCCUCUGUCAAGCUAUAAAUGGUACUAUGAGUAGACAUUUUACCAGCUGUAUAAUAUAGCUCAAGGACAAUUCAGGGAAAACAGGCUUUGCACUGACUCAACUACUGUAUCUUAUCUGCUUUAGGUUUGGCUUAAUAUCGUUAGAUCUAGGUUACGGUCAGGGGUAGGCUCAGUCGACCCGGGUGGGUCAUAUCCCCGAAAAAUUUUCUUCCUGUGCCACUUGCGUUUACUGUCAAAAAUAAUAUGGGCAUUUUCCGUAAACUGUUAAAUCCUGUCUUAAUCUAUGCUGGUCAACCGACAUUACUUUUAAACUCCUUUAAUACAUAUGCCUUCAUGACGAUAUGACCUACAGUUUUGUAGAAAUGCUAAAGAUCGGUGUGUGAAGCGUGUUGUGUGGUGAUUUCUUUGAUUUCUUUUUAGCUGGAAGUGUAAGCGUGUAGGACAUCUUCCAGAAGACUGCACCAUAAAAAGCAGAAACCUUGUAACAGGUACUAACACGUGUUUAUUACCAGAAAAUGCCCUGUUUAAAUUCAAAGUGCGCUCAAACUCAGACUGUAGCUGUUCCAGCUAGUUUAUACACCCCUUAAUCAAAUAGUCACAAAUGGAAUGUAAUCGCAAGAAAACAUAACAUGAUAAACCCAUCUGAAUGAAAGCAAUAACGCGGUCAAAUCAGUUCAGAGUUGGCCAUUUUUAGACGUGGCGAUUCAUUUCUUAUCCCUUCGUGAUAUCUUUUUGUAAGAAGUUUGGGAAAGUCAGUACACUUGCAAUUGCAAAUUGUCCAACAAUCCCUAAAUUUUUCAGAAAGCGAUAACUUGGGUCCUUUUUUUCAUGUUAUAUUAUGGGUGACCAGUCGUUUCGCCAACGAGUCGUUUCUCAUACGUCCUGUUCGCUAUCGCCGUUAGUCGUUUCGCCUACGUGUUAGAUCGUUUCGCUAAAGAGCUAUAACUUGUUUCGCGGGCGUCCAAUACGUCGUUUUACCAACGAGUUUCACUCAUGGUAUACUGACAUGAAUGAAAUGAUUGGGUGUUUGCUUUUCAAGCAACUAUAACAUUUGUGUGAAAAAUUUAUCAGCUUUGUUCUGUUUUAUUUCGCUUUUUUGUUUGUAAACAUUUAGAAUCAGCGUCUGAUGUUGGGCAGUUCAGUGGAGUUCGUAGUCAGCAGGUGGGUUUAAUCGGUUUAUGGUCAUCUCGCCACCAAACCGUCUCGCCACAAACCAAAUCGCCGCCAAGAGGUCGACUCGUCACCAACCACCUCGCCACUAAUCACUUACUACUUGUGAAAACUGCCUUUCGUGUUUUAAGAAAUCAAACACUUAGUCAGAUUGGGUUGUUUACUUUGUAGAGUUUUCACAGAUUUGCCUGUAUAAGAAAAAAAAAACCUUUAGCCGUGGGUUGACGAAAGUGCCAUGAAAAAACAUUAUGAAGCAAAAGAUUUUCGGAAGAGACUUGCCAUUCGUUUUUAUUCCACACAGCACGCCCUUCUUUGACACAGUUUAGCUGGAUCGUUUUUAUGAACAGUCUCAACACUUCACACAUUCACUGUACGUACGUCUGAUAACAGUGGCUGGCUUUCGAAUCUCAAAGACAGCACUUGAUCUUCGCGAAAGUCGCGCGUAGCCUGCGUUGCCGACGUUUGAGAACGCGAAGGGCUCCUAAUGUCUUCUCUCUUUUUCGAGCACAUUGUUUACAGGCUACCGUUAUCGAGGAUAAAGUAUGAAGUCGAGGAACAAGACUAGACUAUAACUGACUGACUAUCGAGAAACGAGAAUCCGGGAAAUCGAGAAAUGCCGGGAAUCGAUUUCUUUUUUAAGAUUACUUUUAAUUUUUUGUUACAAAUUGUGGUCAGUAUUCAUCCUCGGAAGAUGACUAUGAUUACUAAACAAAAAUAGCCAGUUUGGACGGAAUUUAAACUCCUGACCGUCUGGAUGUUAGUUAAACUUUGUUGGUACAGCGUGAUGUCUGUUUCUUUGAACUUGAUGUUAUAUUAUUUCUCUCUAGACUAAUUCAAAAGGAUCAUUUUACUCCAGCAUAUUGAAAGACUAUUACAAAAGGUAAGUGGUCCGGCUGCUACGGUCAAACGUCGAGCUUCACAUGGAAUAAACCUAAUGCUAGUGAGCAAGAACAAUUUCGUCACAUUUGAAGAUCUAAAGAGAAGAGGACUGGGCCUCCUUAACUUUCGCAAAAAAUUCUGGGACCAUUACUAGGGACAUGGAAAAACUGGCCAAUAGCUGACCGGCGCUUCCCCAAUAACGAUCCUAGAAAUAAUUGCGAUACGCAUUUCGGCUCCAAUUCCUUUCUUGUUUUAGACUGCAAAAUAGUCCGUAUUUUUGCCUAUUCAAGUACGCGCGAGCAGUCAAACAAAAGGUCUGGAACGAGGCUGAAAACAGAGAGCGAGACUGGGGAGAGACGCUAAUUUUUUGUUACAAAUUGUGGUCAGUAUUCAUCCUCGGAAGAUGACUAUGAUUACUAAACAAAAAUAGCCAGUUUGGACGGAAUUUAAACUCCUGACCGUCUGGAUGUUAGCUAAACUUUGUUGAUACAGCGUGAUGUCUGAUGUCGGUUGGCUCAGUUGGGAGAGCUCCUGUCUGCUGUAAUGACAUCUGCAAACGGUUAGACUUUCUAGUCUUCACGGAUAAGGACGAAAAAUUGUAGGUCCCGUCUCACAACACUUACACUUACCUGGUUCUUGUGGGACGUAAAAGAACCCUCACCACUGUUCGAAAAGAGUAGGGGACGUAGACCCCGGUGGUGUGGCCAACCUUCACACAUAACAUCAUUCACAUCAUGGGGUGGGCGGGUACAGUAAGCUCAUAAAUGGACUGAGAGCGGCUGCCAGUGGCGCCUUUGUAUGCUGACGUCCGAGCUUACUGUUCACAUGUUAAAAAUGUAUUGUAAAGAGGGCACGUCUGUUGCCCUCUCAUCCACGGCUCUUCUUCUUCUUCUUCUUCUUCUAAAAAUGCUACUACGGGCGUGUGAGGCUCGCGCGCUUCGCGCGCGUAAGACUCUUACGCCACGCUUUACCGAUUUCUUUGCUGAUGUUGAGAAAAAAACCGACUGUUUUGCAGUCUGUUCUUGUUUCAAAAGUGGCCAAUUUAAUUUGCCCCACAAGCUGCGCUUGUACUUUCUUUUUUGAUUGAGUUUGUUUCAGAGUUGCUAUGAGACGAUGAGGGUUUUUAUUUUUUUAGCUAAAGUGCCACAUUUCCAGGCAUCUAAAGUUCGAAAUAUAUUGGCACGCAAAGUUUUCUUUUACUUAUGUGGUCGAUUUUUGUGUAAAAAUGAGUUACUUUAGCUUGUUCCCAGACCAUCGCUGAAGAAAAUAAAAGUAUAGGCUAAUGACCAACUUGUUUGCAGCUGUGUUUUAAUUGUUUUUUCUCCAGGAUUGAGAACCCAUUUUAAGAACCUAAAUAGCCUAAAAUUCUGUUAACUAUCAUUUAUACAAGAACCUGUUUAGGCUAACUCCUAAAAAUGUAGGUUCUUAGUUGCGAGUUUUUACUGUAGUUGUUACGUUUGGAAUAUAGUACUCGAAAACAUGCCAAUGUGAUCUCUUGUGAAUGCUCGUAGUAGUCCGUUUCGUUCUGUCUCUCCAUUUUUCUUACAGCUUGGUUUAUUUAUUUUUUGACCACAGAUGUCAAAAGCUUCGUAAUGCCAAAGAUGCAAAGUGCAGUGAUUGUGGUUUGAGGUCCAAUCUAGCUUACUGUUUUGAGUGUGGGUAAGUCAUGAAAAAGCCACCCUUUCAGUUGCGAAUCCGUAUGGAGCUUAUUUACUUGUAUCGAGUUUUGAUCCUAAAAAAGUCUUAGUAUGAAUGGGUAUAAGCCGCCGGCCCAACAGGGCAAGGUGUUUUUGGACCUUGGGUGUAAUUUCAGUGUUUAGCAUCUUGAACAGGGUAUCUUUCUGUACCGAAUGGCAAUGGUGUUUUAUGUUUGUAGCUCAAAAAUCUUAUUGACUCCAAAGCUGAUUUAACAAAAUUACAUUUUCUAGGUAAAUAAAAAAACGAUGUUCUCAGUCUUGAGUAGGGUGUUGUAUUUGCGAGUCACAAAAAAGGCACUGCCCCACCCAUACCUCCCCCAAAUGCCCGACCCCGGACAUUAAAUAACUUUCCUGAAGACUACAUUUGUACUUUAUCUGCUUUUGCGUGAAAGAAGCCGGCUGUUUUUGUUUCGUUGUUUCAGGUUAACUUUAUGCGAUGGCCGUGGACACCUUAUAAAUCAUCUUUUAGAAUAUCCCAGUCACACUAAACUCUUCUCAUACAAACUACAGCGGCAGGUGAGAUAAAAAGUCAAGCGUAUGCAAUCUUCUUGCGAUAAACCGCAAGUAGUCGUUUUUUUCCUGUCAAUAAAAGAAAAAAUAAAAUAAAAUAAAAUAAAAUAAAAAAACCUGAAAGUAAACGUUUACUCAACUUACAAUAUUAAAAACCAAGGCCUAGGCUAAACGUCGAACUUUUCAUGAGACAAACCAAACUUAGUGAGUUAAGUCCAUGAAAGUUCGACGUCUGGCUCAGUUAAGUUCGUCUGAAUGAGUUUGAAUCGUCCAACACGUUCUAUUCGUCCGCUUCAGGCGGACAGAACGUCUGAAGAUCAUCUUUGGGACAAUCGUCGAUCUUCUCAUGCGACGAGCUAAACUAAUGAAUAAAUUAAAAACUUGUAUGAUAAUGUAUAUUUAGAGUCGUUCGGGAAAAAAGUUAUUAUUAGCUGGCUAAAUUUGCUUUUUGGUCUGAUUCAGUUGAUUGGUUCGACGCGUCCUAAGUUCGACGUCUGACCCAACAGAUGAUCUUAACUUAAUUUAGGUCGACCCAAAUUAGAGUUUGGUUCGUCUCACUAAGGUUUCACAUUUCGGUUGGUCGCUUACGGUAGGUUCAACUGGAAAUACCGCGGGAUCUGCCUUCCAUUUUGUUAAAUCAAUUUUGAUGCUGGCAUUUUCAGAUAAAGUGCUGUAAAUCGACUUGUGAAGUUGUGGACUGCACGGAACUUUUAAUGUGCUCUUCGUGCCUGGGCAGAGCUUUCACCAGCCAUUACUCCAUGAUAAACGCAACCUGGUAAGCUCAUAAUUCUUAUAACUUGGGAACUUAAGACUAGAACUGAAACAAGUCGGGUUGGCCAUCUACUGAGACCCCAUGCAGGGGCAGCUGAUCGGGAGAGAAUAUUCACGGGCAAAUCUUUGCAAAACAAAAAGAAAACGUUUACACGAGAAACAAGAUUAAUAGUGCUCCUGGGUGCCAGAACUAGCUGCAGAAGGUGGUCAAAUCCCUGCUUUUGAUUGGCCAGAAAAUAUUUUCCGGCCACUAAGAUCAAAAUGCCCAGGGACGCACUCUGCUAGGGGGCGGUGGGACGGGUUUUAGGGAGGCGAGCGAGAAAAAUAUGUUUAUUGCUUCCCGCCUUCCACGGCUAUGAACUAAAGAUGGCUGUCCCUACAGUAAGCGCUCGAUCUUGAUGAUCUUACUUAAAACUGGGUACUGUAAACACUCUAAGCAAACAGAUACUUGCGGCAUAGUGCUGUGGACUUGUAUCCCAUCUAGGGAGGGUGGUAAUAUUACUAGAACAUAAACCGGAAUAUGGUCCGGUCAUAUAGGUCUUCUUGUCUCAUAGUGCCCUAUUAUUUAGCUCCUCCGUGGUCGCGCACAAAACCCACGACGGCGCACCCAGUCACGCAACUAAAAAUAAAGACGGGCUCACAGACCUAAACUAAACCUAAAUUGUGACGCGCUCAAAGUACAGCCAGACUUACGCUUAUAAAUGUAUGCCUUUGGAAAGACGUGGAGCCAGUUGCAUAAAUUUCAACUUCGGACUUGAACCGCGUUAAAAUCUGACAAUCAACCUAGUCGAACUCCUUGUUUUACCGCAGGCGUUAGAACUUACAUUAGACGCUACGUCUUAUCCAACUUGUCCCUGGCCUGCUUAUUUACUACCGCUUAUUAUUGAAGAUUUUUUAGUUUCAAUAAAAGUCUCUUAAGAUCUACAGCUUUUGGCUUGUUUGAAUCUGCAUGAUUUCUUUCAGUUCUCUGAGUUGUCCUUCAUAUUUAAAUGAUACUUUGUCUCCCCUUUGCGCUCUGCUUUCAGGUCCAGGACCGGACUAAAGUUGAUUCCAAACGCUUUGGCCUGUGAACAACAUUUCCACUGGUAAGAAAAUUAUCUUUCUUAGCGUUGCGCAUAAAAUUCGUUAGCCGUUUGUCAGAUGCAAUUGUCUCGAAUGAUUGGUGCUAAAAACGCCGCACCAGUUGUCAAAAACAUAUAGAUAGAUAACUCCUUGAGUGAUGGGGGAUCAUGAGAAAGAUCUUUACGUAUCACUACAGACAACUUACAGGGCUUUGUACUGUUCUUUUAGGCAUCGAAUGAACUGUGCGAACUCUGCCGGAGAAAUCCUGGUAACCAGGGAGAAGUUGGAGAAAAGUCGAACACGAGGCGAAGGACUUUUGAGUGAAUUUUAUUUUUAAAUAAAGUCGUUCUUUCAUCAAACGCUCUGGAC